GAGGCGGCGCCCGCGGGCCCGGCGCGGGGGCGGGGUGGCCGCGGGGCCGGCGGCGGGGCGGCUCCUUCUUUGGCCAUGAGCGAGGAGCCGGCAUUCGGCCGCCGCCGCCGCCUGCGGGACGCGGGGAGGGAGCGGCCGCAGCGAGGCUCCGCCGGCGGCAGCGGCGGGUGGGAUGGCCCAGGCCCGGAUCAGCGCCAAGGCCAGCGAGGGGGCGCCGCAGCAGCCGCAGCAGCAGCAGCAGUCGGGCGGGCAGCUCCGCGGCCGCUUCUACCGCUCCACCUCCAUGGCCGACCGCUCCAGCCGCCUGCUCGAGAACCUGGACCAGCUGGAGCUCAGGGUAGAGGCUUUCCGUGAUGCAGCAUCUGCUAUGGAGCAAGAGAAAGAAAUUCUGCUUGAAAUGAUCCACAAUAUACAGAACAGCCAGGAUAUGAGGCACAUCAGUGAAGGUGAGAGAGAAGAACUUAAUUUGACUGCUAAUCGCCUGAUGGGCCGAACCCUCACUGUGGAGGUUUCCGUGGAAACCAUCCGCAACGCGCAGCAGCAGGAAUCCCUUCUGCACGCCACCAAGAUGAUUGAUGAGAUCGUCAAUAAACUCCUUGAUGAUUUGGAAGACGCCAAAAUGCGUUUAAUGUCACUUUACGGUGCUUGCACGUCCGAUGUGCCAGCAGGACCCAUCGAUCAGAAAUUUCAGUCUGUGGUCAUCGGAUGUGCCAUUGAGGAUCAGAAGAAAAUCAAAAGGCGCCUAGAGACUCUGCUCAGAAACUUGGAAAAUUCUGAAAAGUCUAUCACAUUGCUGGAGCAUCAGAAAUCAUCUGUUCGGCAGUCUUGCAACAGCAAACAGGAUUAACGUAUCCUUCUGGCUACUUCUGGCAAACCACAGGAUGAGCAAGUGCCCAUAAAAAGCACACAGUAGCCAAGAAAAGAAUUCUCUGUACGAGCACACACGUAUAUACACAUCCACAUGCACCAAAGUAUCUUUGAUUGCGAGGUGCAGGCAUUUAAUGGGUUUUGGUAGCAUUGGCAUUUUCUUUUGGCAGUAAGGAAUGAUAUCAGUUCUUCUGUAGAGUCGAUACUGCUCUAUUGCAAAUUGUAAUUGUGCUUCUGCUGAACUGACAGAAACCGAAAAUCUAGCCUUUCCUCCAUUCUCCUGGGUUUUUUAAACUAAAGUUUUGUCCUAUCAUGAGAUUUCAGCUUUUCUCUCCUGUAUAUGUAGUGUGUGAACCAGACUUUUGGGGACAAAAGACAAAUUAUGACAAUAAAUCAAAAUAAUUAAUAAA